UCUGCUAAACCCAGGCACAAGUUUCCCCUCUCCUGCGAAUGAGUAGAUUGAGAUAAAUUUCACGUUAUUUGGGUAGAAAGCGUCUAUACAAAUAAGAUACAAAAUCUAUUUUUCAUGUAUUUUUUGUAAUCAAAUUAGUGACAUUUUCAGAGGUGUCUUUUUCAGGAAGUUAUCAUUUGGAUGUGUAAUUUUAACACUGGAAUAUGAAGGAGCAAGAGUCGUUGAACCCUCGCUCAAACUUAACUCCUACCCUAGAGAUAUCAAACCAUCGAUUAAAUCCAACUCCAACCCUCACCACUCUAACUCAAUCCGACCAUGAUAUCAUUCGGACCUUUCUUAGUUCGGUUCCGUUGGGGUUUCCUUUAUCUCCUGGCGCUGCACUUGCCGAAUUAACGGGUUAUGCACCUCUCUCCCCCGGCCUGGUGGGGCUCACCGAGCGAUCAUUCCAUCCAUCUCCUUCGCGGUUUGAGUCCUACAGCGAUCUGCCGAUCAGUUUUAGAAGUCGGAGUGUUAAUUCGCCGCUUAGGAUCGAUUCGCCGUAUAGAUCACACACUGGCAUUUCUUCACCCUUGAGAAUAUCAGAACAAGCUGGGACUCUGAAGAGAUUCGAGCACAUUCCAUCAUUUUCUCCGCAUAGGCGUUCCCCGUCCCCUCCCCCCCGAUCUCAUCCCUCCCCUUAUAGGAUAUUCCACUCUAAUCACGUGUACGCUCCUAUCCUACCUUCCCGAGCAUUCGAUUACACGACCCCCGCCCCCUCCCCCCCACAAACCAGGGAACACACCCCCGCUCUCUCCCCGCCCCACGCCGUAGAUGAACCGCCGAUCCAAGACUACUCAUUGACCGGCCAGCUAAAAGACCAGAUAAAGGUCAACUUUGUCCCAGAAAUCAGAGUUAAUAUAGAUUCUAGUCUUGACGAUCGCACUGCAGUGAAUUGUCGUGACGAAGGUUCGGCAAUUCGAGUCCAAGUUGAUCCUGCGGCUCCAGUCCACAAUGAUGAAGUACUAAGUACUAAUUCUCGUCUUAAAGUUAUUCUCAAAGAAUCCAGUCAUCUUAUUAAAGAGUCUUGCACAAAAGAUACAAAUCUGAAACGAACUCGAAGACAAGAUAAGAAGAGAAAAAAGAUUAAGAAAACUUGCAAGUCUAAACCUAUACUUAGAGAAGAGAUCAGUUCUAACCCCAACCCGGAGAAUGGUUCGCUUGAAACUUCUAGUUCUCAGGUUGAGACCAGAUUAAAGAAAGGAUGCGGAUGUGAGCAGGACUGUUUCCAGUUUUUAAUAUCAGACAAUGUUUAUAAUCAUAGACUUAAUAUAUCAAAACUUACAAAGAGGGAGCACGACAUGUACCUGAUGGGUAUGAUGAUGGCGAGCCUGGGAGAUCCAAACCAAACCACCAAACUCAAGCAUAGAAAGAGAAGAAGAAACAAAUACAUGUAUCAGGGGCGUGAAGUGUGCCAGGAGGCAUAUAUUUAUCUAGAAAAUGUUACAAUUUAUCAACUAAAUAGAUUAUAAAUAAUGUUGAACUGUUCCAGGGGCGUGAAGUGUGCCAGGAGGCAUAUAUUUAUCUAGAAAAUGUUACAAUUUAUCAACUAAAUAGAUUAUAAAUAAUGUUGAACUGUUCCAGGGGCGUGAAGUGUGCCAGGAGGCAUAUAUUUAUCUAGAAAAUGUUACAAUUUAUCAACUAAAUAGAUUAUAAAUAAUGUUGAACUGUUCCAGGGGCGUGAAGUGUGCCAGGAGGCAUAUAUUUAUCUAGAAAAUGUUACAAUUUAUCAACUAAAUAGAUUAUAAAUAAUGUUGAACUGUUCCAGGGGCGUGAAGUGUGCCAGGAGGCAUAUAUUUAUCUAGAAAAUGUUACAAUUUAUCAACUAAAUAGAUUAUAAAUAAUGUUGAACUGUUCCAGGGGCGUGAAGUGUGCCAGGAGGCAUAUAUUUAUCUAGAAAAUGUUACAAUUUAUCAACUAAAUAGAUUAUAAAUAAUGUUGAACUGUUCCAGGGGCGUGAAGUGUGCCAGGAGGCAUAUAUUUAUCUAGAAAAUGUUACAAUUUAUCAACUAAAACUCAUCAGGAAACAUGUCCUAGAGAAUGGGAUAGUUCCUAGAUGCCGAAAACCUUUGAAAAAUAAACCUGUAAAUGCUUUCCCGGAGAAUCAUCUGAAAGAGGCGCACAUUUAUCUUCAAGAGUUUUUGGCGAGUGAAAACAGUGGUAGGAAGAAGGGACGUUGUGAUCUUACAUUUAUAAAUCUACAUUAUAAAUACAGGGAUCAUUUCUCUGGGGAAGAAACCAAGAUAAUGGCGUACUCUACCUUCAGAAAAUUCGUCAAUAAUCGGUUUCCUCUCAUCAACUU